ACCCGGCUGGGGUGGCUGCGGCACCAGGGCCGGGCGUCGGGGCCACACGUCCGUCCGCCGGUCGUCCGGGCUGUGCGCGCCAUGGAGCCGCGGUGCCCGCCGCCCUGCGGCUGCUGCGAGCGGCUGGUACUCAAUGUGGCCGGGUUGCGCUUCGAGACCCGCGCGCGCACGCUCGGCCGCUUCCCGGACACGCUGCUGGGGGACCCGGUGCGCCGCAGCCGCUUCUACGACGGCGCGCGCCGCGAGUAUUUCUUCGACCGACACCGGCCCAGCUUCGACGCGGUGCUCUACUAUUACCAAUCGGGCGGGAGGCUGAGACGGCCGGCACACGUGCCGCUCGACGUCUUCCUGGAGGAGGUGUCCUUCUACGGGCUGGGCGCCGCGGCGCUGGCACGGCUGCGCGAGGACGAAGGCUGCGCGGUGCCCCCCGAGCGGCCGCUGCCACGCCACGCCUUUGCGCGCCAGCUCUGGCUGCUCUUUGAGUUCCCCGAGAGCUCGCAGGCUGCGCGAGUGCUCGCCGUGGUCUCCGUGCUCGUCAUCCUGGUCUCCAUCGUGGUCUUUUGCCUCGAGACGCUGCCAGACUUCCGCGACGACCGCGAUGACCCGGGACUCGCGCCUGUGGCGGCUGCCACUGGCCCGUUCCUCUCUCGGCUGAAUGGCUCCAGUCCCAUGCCAGGAGCUCCUUCCCGCCUGCCCUUCAGUGAUCCCUUCUUUGUGGUGGAGACCCUGUGUAUCUGCUGGUUCUCCUUUGAGCUGCUGGUGCGUCUGGUGGCCUGCCCAAGCAAAGCCAUAUUUUUCAAGAAUGUGAUGAACCUUAUUGACUUUGUGGCCAUCCUGCCUUACUUUGUGGCCCUGGGCACCGAGCUAGCCCGGCAGCGCGGUGUGGGUCAGCCGGCUAUGUCGCUGGCCAUCCUAAGGGUCAUCCGACUUGUGCGCGUUUUCCGUAUCUUCAAGCUAUCAAGGCAUUCGAAGGGCCUACAGAUCUUGGGUCAGACACUGCGGGCCUCUAUGCGUGAGCUAGGUCUCCUCAUCUUCUUCCUCUUCAUUGGUGUGGUCCUCUUUUCCAGUGCAGUCUACUUUGCGGAAGUGGACCGGGUGGACACCCAUUUUACCAGCAUCCCGGAGUCCUUCUGGUGGGCAGUGGUCACCAUGACCACAGUUGGCUAUGGAGACAUGGCACCUGUCACUGUGGGUGGCAAGAUCGUGGGCUCUCUGUGUGCCAUUGCGGGUGUGCUCACAAUCUCUCUGCCGGUGCCGGUCAUUGUCUCCAACUUCAGCUACUUUUACCACCGGGAGACAGAGGGUGAAGAGGCAGGACUGUACAGCCACGUGGACACACAGCCCUGUAUCACACUGGAGGGCAAGGCUAACGGGGGGCUGGUGGACACUGAGGUGCCUGAACUCCUACCACCGCUCUGGCCCCCCGUUGGGAAACACAUGGUGACAGAGGUGUGAGGGACAGCAGUGGGGUGGGAGGGAGGUGGGAAGGCAGGGCAGGUGCUGGGUUAAGGAACAGAGACCAGAUGUGAAGUUAUGUCACAUAGUAGUUCCUUAAGUAGAUGUGAAUGGCCAUAAUUUGGUUUGAGUCCAGGGGUUCCCCAUUGGCUGUGAAAAUCUCCAGGGGACCCUAUGGGUUGCACUGAAAGAGACUUGUCAUUAGUUGUGGGUUUCCUGGGUCUGUGUGGGGGUCUCAUUCGAGUGUAUGAUGAGCAGUUAUGUGGCUUUGAUUCUCUAGAACCGAGCUGGCACCACUGUUAAAGUGGUCACGUGACUGCCUAAUCAUGCACACAGAAGCUGUGUGGAGGCACAAAGGAGAUUGUAAGAGUAUAAGAGAUAGAAGGAGGCAGAAACCCAGAGAGGAAGGGACAGAGCCCCAAGCAAUGGUUCUCUGUGCUGUAUUACAUGUGUUACGUGGCCAAAACCUGUUUAGGGCCGUGCAAAGCUGAGACAUCUGGAGACAAGUCACACUGGGAGUCUCCUAAUAGACACACAGUUGAGUCUGACGACAUCUUUGUUCUCAGGGGCCCAUGCUGACUCAUGUCACUGCGAGUCCCGUGGGAGUGUAUGUGAGGGCCAUAGGACCAUGGGGACCCAAGGGUCACAGUGCAGAUGAAACUAAGUGUAAGGGAGCAAGCAUGGGCACAUGGGUGUAUGCGGCCCACUGAACCAGCUUGCUCAGGGAUAUGCCCUGUAGAACGGGUGUUUCGUCUCCCUGGUCCCCCCCCCCCCGGCGUCCCAUCCAUCUGGAGAGGCUCUGUGGGAAGUAGCAGUCAGUUUACCCUGCUCAUUUGGGAUCCAGGCCUAGGCUGCCCCAUGCUUUAGCACAGGGAUUCAAAGACUGGAGUCACAAGGGAAGAGAAACUCAGAGAAGAAAGAGUAGGUGCUUGGACCAGACAUGACGGGGGUGGGGGGCAGAGAUCUAGAGAGGAGAGAAAGGAAAGGGGAAAGAGUGAGAAAGGGGAAGAGGAGAGGGGGAGAUGCCCAGAGAGAGGAAACCAAGAAUGAAGGAUGGGCACAACGUGGUGGAUGUCCGACAUGCAGAAAGAAGGAGAGAGAGAGAGAGAGA